AUGGCAGACUCAAGCCAGAUGUAUGGUCCUACGGUUUAUCAGAAGAAUAUUGCAGGCAACUGCUGUGUGAUUGCGACCAACGGUGUCAAAGCAGUCCCAUACAGCGAAACGCAAUUAAAAAGCAAGUUUAGACUGAGCGACGCCAACGGCGACGGUCGUCUCAGCAAGCAAGAGCUCAGAAAUGCUUUCGCGAGUUUAGGCUCUUUUGCACCCGGCUGGAGGGCCUUUCGUGCCCUCCGCCGCGCUGACAAGAACCGAGAUGGCUUUAUUGACGAGGAAGAGUUAGAUAAAGUGGUCAAAUAUGCCGCAAAACGUGGCUAUACCAUUAGAGAUUAG